AUGACAUCGAAGCGGAAAAGAACUGGCGCCCACCCACCGCCCCCGAUACCCGACAUGCCUGACACAGUUCCCAGACGGAGCAGUCAAAGGUUGAAGGAAUCUACCGAUGAACGAACGCCAAAGAUUGAUGUUACAAAGAUGGCCUCUAAUCCGAUGAAACCUACCAACACUAAGAAAGCAAAGGCUGUAUGGGACACGGGAGAAGGCGUCGAGGAAGCCAUGCGGGAAUUGAGUGAGAUGGAGCACAAGUUACAGGAUGCCGUUCGAACACAACGACUGGCGGUUGAGUCUUCAGAUCUGCAUGUGAAGAAAGAGAUUGCCCAGGAGCCUGGUAUCCGACCAAAAGUGCACGCGCCGAACAACAACACAGUCACUGCUCGAGGGAAACUCAAUGGAAAGCCAAAGGGUGUCAAAACGGCGCCGCUAGAUGAGCACGACGCCGAACUCGCUGCAGACGAUAUGGCCGAAGCGAAGGAAGAAAACGGUGUCGAUAGAGGUGCCAACCGACCCCCUCCAGUAAACAGCGAUACACUUCCCUUGCCAUGGAAAGGGCGACUGGGAUAUGCUUGUUUAAAUACAUAUUUACGCAAUGCGACACCUGCUGUGUUUUCUUCCCGAACCUGUCGUAUAUCAUCAAUUAUCGAGCACCGACAUCCUUUAGCGAAUCCAGACGAACCAGAACAUGCGACCAAGAACCGCCCAGAUAAGUCUCAACCUGCAGACAAUGAGCGAGGUCUCAAGUAUGUACAGGAGUUGGGCUUGGCGAAUGCCCGAGACAUUGUCAAGAUGAUUCGAUGGAACGUCAAAUACGGCAUCAAAUUCAUGAGACUCAGCAGUGAGAUGUUUCCAUUUGCCAGUCACCAGGAAUACGGAUAUAAACUGGCCCCGUUUGCGUCUGAGGUGCUAGCAGAAGCUGGCAAGGUGGCGGGAGAGCUGAACCACCGCGUCACCACCCAUCCGGGACAGUUCACGCAGAUUGGCAGUCCGCGUAAAGAGGUUGUUACUGCCGCUAUUCGCGAUUUGGAAUACCAUGACGAAAUGCUUUCCCUUCUCAAACUACCCGAGAAACUCAACCGCGAUGCAGUCAUGAUCCUUCACAUGGGAGGCACAUACGGUGACAAGGCCGCCACUCUUGAUCGAUUCCGAGAGAAUUACGCAAAACUUUCAGACGGCGUCAAGCGACGUUUGGUGUUGGAGAAUGACGACGUUGCAUGGAGUGUUCAUGAUUUGUUGCCUAUUUGUGAAGAACUCAACAUUCCCCUUGUACUCGACUUUCAUCACCACAACAUUAUCUUUGACUCUUCCAUUAGAGAAGGCUCCAAAGACAUCAUAGACUUGUAUGACCGCAUCCGCGCCACCUGGACCAAGAAAGGAAUUACUCAGAAAAUGCAUUACAGCGAGCAAACUUCUGCUGCUGUCACUCCACGAGAUCGUCGCAAGCAUUCAGCUCGAGUCAAGACUCUUCCCCCUUGCGCACCCGACAUGGACCUCAUGAUUGAAGCCAAGGAUAAGGAGCAGGCUGUUUUCGAGUUGAUGCGCACCUUCAAGUUGCCUGGGUGGGACACCUUCAAUGACAUGGUACCUCACGAACGUCCAGAUGAGUCACGAAAGGCAAUCAAGAAGAAGCCUAAGAAGGGAAAGAAGAAGACAGCUGAAGUCAACGGUGAAGCCGAGGAUGACAUCGAGGUGCCAGAAAAGAUUGUAAGUGCAGAGGAUUUUGGCAUGGGAGGUCCCCAAGGUAGAGUUUAUUGGCCAGAAGGUAUGGAGGAAUGGUUGCGACCCAAGAAGAGAGAGAUAAAGAAGGCGAAGGAAGGAAAGGAUGAGAGUCCCAAAAUGAAAGAGGAAGGGGAUGAGGAUUGA